UUGGCUGUCUGUCGGUCGGUGCCAGCCUGCUCCGUUACUCGGUUCAUAACGGUGGUUUAACGGCGGACUGUCCGUUGCUCCGGGAACACAUUCAUGGAGGAAACGUGAAGUUUUACCGGAGAGGAACCGGAGAGAGGAACAGGAUAACUUUUCCCGCGCGUGAUGCGUUGUGAUGGAGGAGGCGGAGCACAGCCGCUACGUCGCCCAGCUGAAGGAGGAGUUCGACAGCUGCGACACCACGGCAACGGGCUUCCUGGACCGCCAGGAGCUGACGGCGCUCUGCAGGAAACUGCAGCUGGACGCACAGCUGCCCCUGCUGCUGGACACGCUGCUGGGAGAACGCAGCUACGCCAGGGUGAACUUUGAGGAGUUUAAAGAAGGCUUCGUGGCCGUUCUGUCUCGGUCUCUGGACUUCAGCACGUCGGAGGACGACAGCAGCUACCUGGAGCCAGUGGUUCCAGACGAGGUGAAGCCAAAGUUCGUGAAGGGUACGAAGCGUUACGGCCGUCGGUCGCGUCCCGACAGUAAUCCCGGCGCCGCUCUGACCCGAGACUCGGACGACUCGCCGUCCAGGACCGGCGCCACGGACUCCUCGCCAGACGGCGCCCGGCGGGCCAAACUCAGACGCUCCACGUCUCUGGACAGCGUCGAGGUAACGCACUUCUCCGUGUUUCCUUCGCUGAAAGAAGACGCUAAAUCCUAAAUGUUUGGAGAGAUUUCUGGAGGUGAAAAGUGUAGGGCUGGGUACCACGCACACACACACACACACACACAU